AUGGAGGUGGUACAGACGCUGGUCCGCUCCGUCAUGCGGGCCUUCUACUCGGUCACCGAGAUUCUCGCUGUCGACGCCCUGGUUACCCACUCGGCCUUGCGCGACGACGAGCUGGCCUACCUGAUGAAGAUGAAUCUCAAGGACCUCCACAAGCUGUGCGCGUCUCUGCGCGAUGCCCGCUUCCUGACGGUGCACGUACGGCCAGAGAUGCAGGCUGGCAAGACGCGGCCAAUCAACCGCACAUAUUACUUCAUCGACUACCGCCAGACUAUUGACGCCAUCAAGUGGCGUGUCUACAAGACUGACAAGGACAUGCAGAGCGUUGUCAACCCCGCCGACGAGUCAAAGGAGUACUUCUGCCCCCGGUGUCAGGCCCAAUGGUCGCAGCUCGAGGUCCUCGACUCCGUCUCCAUGUCUGGCUUCACCUGCCAGCGCUGCAGCAGCGUGCUCGAGCUGUCCAAGGAGCGCGAGGCCCCCGGCCACCAGCAGCUGUCGCGCAUGAACAAUCAGUUCAAGUUCAUGACCGACAUGCUGCAGAAGAUUGACCAGACCGUAGUGCCCGAGUGCACCUUUGACAAGGCCAUCGCCGUCGCCAGGCCCGUUGUGCGCGAGGUCACCCACGAGGUCCUGACCAGCAUCCCGGUAGACGUUAGCUUCAGCAAGCCGUCGGCAGUCAAGGGUUUGGCCAUAACAGGGCCCAAGACCAUGUCGGUAACCAUCUCCGACGGCAACAGCGAGCAGGAGAACCUCGAGAACAAGAAGCGGAAAGAGCGUCUGCUGGCCGAGAAUGCCCUACCCAUAUGGAUGACCACGAGCUCGGUGCCAGUCCAGACUCAGUCCGACGCUAUGGACGAGGACAAGGACGAGGACGGCGGCGCACCAGCCAAGAGAGUCAAGCUGGAGGACGCCGCCCCGGCUGUUAGCGGUGGAGACGAGAUGAGCGUCUCCUUCACAAACGUCAAGGCCGAGGGCGGAGACGAGGACGAGGAUGACGACUUCGAAUUCGAGGAUGUGAUCUGA